UCACUCCCUCCCCUCUCUGCCUCCUCGCCAUUCCCCUCGCACUCCCAGAUCUCCCCUCCCCCCACGCCUCCUCUCUCGCGUCGCCACGAUGGCCGACGAGACCCUCGACCCGCCGCCGGACGCGGCCCCGUCGACGACGCCGCCUCCCGCCACCCCCGCGGCGCUGCUCCGCCCGCGGCGGGAGGCGUUCGAGCACGGCCUCCUGCCCAUCCCCAAGCUCAUCUUCCCGGAGGGCACGCUGGCGCAGACCCUCGCGCAGCUCAAGGAGAAGCUCGCGGCCGCGGCGAGCCCCGGCGGGCGCGUGGGCGCCGCGGCGCUGGCGGAGGCGCUGCAGAUCCCUCAGGAGCAGGCGGCGCUCGCGCUCGGCACGCUCGCGGCCGUGCUCCCCGCCGAGGACCCCGCGCUCGGGGACGGCGCCGGGGACGCCGCGGGCGCGGACAUCCGCGACGUGCUGCUCUUCCUCUACAUCCAGUCCUACAAGCGCCUCGUCCCGCGGAGCGCGCACAAGGACUCGCCCGCCGUCGCGGACGUCUGGCCCUCCACCUCCGCGUUCGAUGGGUACCUCUCCGCGCUCUCCCCGAUCCAGCUUGUUCGCAGUAAUAGCCGUCGUUUUAUGCCUUCUCAAGCUGACGAGGAAAUUCAUCAGUUAUCUUAUCUGCAAAAGCAUAUGGCAAAUAUUCUUACUCUCUUGGCAGAUUCUGUUGAGGGUGAGGGUGACGAUUCUCUGGUUUUGACAAUGGAGAGUUUUGAGCACCUUGGAUUUCUAGUUCAAUUCUCAGAAGGAACUUCCUUAAGCCAGGCUGCUACAUUUUUUGCAAACUCGGAUCCAGACAUGCCUGCUGCUCCCGUCCCUGCUGCUCAGGUUCUUGAUUGGAUGUCACAGAAUAUAGCUUCUUCACUGGAAAAUUCUGCUGAGAGGUCUGCAGUAAAGGAAAGCAACCAGCAAACUGUAUCUGAUCUUGAUGUAACCAUGGCUGAGGCCAAUACAAGUCAUGCGCGGAGCAGCACACCAAGUUCCAAUCCUGCAUACUACAGAAAUGUAACUUUUGUGGAGGGCUUUUCAAAAACCUCUGUUGUCAAGCAUGCAUCUGAUGUCAAAGGGAAUUCAAUAAAGGUUCUGAACUGCCAUGAUUCUGUUAUCUACAUAUUAGCACCGGUGAAGUAUGCUACUGUUUAUGGUUGUUCUGAUGCUACUAUUGUUCUUGGUGCUGUUGGUAAGGUAGUAAAGGUGGAGCAUUGUGAAAGAGUGCAUAUCAUUGCAGCUGCAAAACGAAUUUGUAUUGCCAACUGUCGUGAGUGCAUCUUCUACUUGGGAGUUAAUCACCAACCUCUUAUUUUGGGGGACAACCAUAAAUUACAAGUUGCCCCAUUCAAUACGUGCUACCCGCAGCUGCAGGAUCAUUUGAUGCAAGUUGGUGUUGAUCCUAGUGUCAACAAAUGGGACCAACCUUUUGUGUUGGGAGUUAUUGAUCCACACGAUUCAUUAUCCCAUCCUGCUGGGGUGUCUGAUGUUAAGGCUGAAUCUGCUUCAUGUCUGGAUCCUGAUCUAUUUACAAACUUUUUGAUUCCUAGUUGGUUUGGGGAUGAAAGGCAAGAGCCCACAAGCUGCAAUCCUUUCCCAUUGCCUGAAAUUUAUGGUGCAUUCCAAAGUAAAAAGCGUUCUACUUUGGAAGAUAUUCAGAAGACGAUUCGGGAGUUGCAGCUUGAUGAGAAUCGGAAAAGGGAAUUUGCAACUGCCCUUCAUGCACAGUUCAAGGAUUGGUUAUACGCUUCGGGCAAUAUCCGCCAGCUCUACUGUCUACAAGGUGAUUAACCAAGCAAUGAUUUGCACUCAUAAACGGAAUUGCACACCUGCAAGACUGUUUAUCCUUUUGCCGACUCCAAAACAUUCGACGAUUGUCGAAGCUGACCUUCCCGGAGAAGAUUUCCGCCUGCUCACCCACCCAGCAUGUAGUAUUCACACAAGGAUGUAAAAAAAAAGUGGAGUGUAUUAUUUCCUUCCUUUUUUCCCCUACAGAUUCAUGAUUUUUCCCAAUUUCCCCCAAUUCUUCUCUUUGCUGCGAGUUGGGUACUUAAUUAGGAUGUAAUAUUGUUUUCCUGGUGUUUACUCAUUUUUGGCCCUUCAUAACACCCACGAGUAUGUAAUAGGGAUCAUUGGAUCAACAUUGUUAAAUAAACAUUUCAUUUCUCUUUCUUAAGCA